AUGGCCCUGUUCUUAAGGAAACAAAGAGCAGGAGACAGCCUUAUUGGAUACUCUACCAUGUCCAAGGAAAAUAAGCUUAUGGCAGGAGAUGGUAUUCCACUAAGCCAAUUGGAUUCUUGGUUUGAUGACUUCAGUGGUUUCAGCAAAGAUGGGCUGAUGCAGAAACCUGGUAGAAAUGCACCUGUAGGAGGAAUCAUUACCAGGAAUUUCUCUGGAGACGACCUAAAAGUCACAGAAAUACUCCUUUUUCCAAAAAGCCAAGAAGAAAUUAAUGUUGAUAUAAAAUGUCAAUUAGUGAAGGAAAUUCGACACUUUGGACGAAAAUAUGAAAUACUCUUCAAAUUGCUUGAAGGACUGCAAGGACCUAUGGAAGUCAAGAAAUGA